GGCGCGAUCGACGCGGAAGGAUUCCACUACAGCACCCCCGAGAUGUUAGACAAAAUAUUCAUACGUUGGACCUUCAGAAUAAUUUUUCCGUGUACAGGAUACUACGAAUUGUAUACGUAUAGUGAUGAUGGUAUGAAGGCUUUCAUGAACAACGAGCUGGUUGCUGAUGACUAUGGCUGCAAACUCCCUGCGCAAACAUUGGCCCAAAGUAUGUAG